AUGUGUCUAGUUAAUAAAAUCCUAGAACACAAUGUUACCAUGUUCAUAACACAAACAGUAAACUCUCAGUUAUUGAGUCUUGCUACAAAGACUCGCCCAGGAACUGGAACUAGAGCAAAUGAGGAGUACAUUGGAGGAGACGAUUGUGGAAACGCGCAGUACGCCUCUCGAAAAUCGACCGCGACUUCCCCGUUUAGCCCUAAGCAAGCAGAAUCGGGCUGUCGUGAGGGCUCUGAACCCAAUGCUGGUUACCUAUUUGGAAGCCCCCGGGACCUUUGCGAGACGGACUCAAUUCUUUUUGGCGCCGCACUGGCAGUCUGCCGUAUUAUAGGCGCCAAACUUUCCACGGCUGGACGCGCUACUGGACAAAGUAGUGCUAUCCCAGCCUGGAGAAUAAGAAUUGAAGAACGUAUCGCAAAGGCUAGGGCCCUCAUCGGCAGACUGAUAUGCUUCAGGUUAGGCAAUACCAGGCCAAGGAUUGUGCGCACCGUCAGGAUGGCGUUUGCUGGGACAAAUGUUAGUUUGUCCAAGCCGUAUAUAAUGCAAAAACUGACCGAGCGUAUAGAUGACCUGAAGCAAAGAAUAGCUGCUUGGGGAAAGAGGAUUCGGCGAUAUACCGAGAGGUCGACACGGUUCAACCAGAAUCGUCUCUUCCAGAGUGAUCAGAAGAGGCUCUAUAAAUCAUUGGAGCGACCAAUAGUAAGUGAAACGGGCCCUUGGACGGAAGUUGUGGCGAGUUAG